AUGGCCAGCGACAAUUCUUCACAGGGCGAUUCCCGCCUGUUGAUCGUCUCGAAUCGGAUUCCGAUCACCAUUCGACGAUCGGCAGGAGGGAAGUAUGAAUUUUCCAUGUCUUCGGGAGGAUUGGUGACAGGAUUGAGUGGACUCUCCAAGGCGACGACUUUCCAGUGGUAUGGCUGGCCCGGACUGGAAGUACCUGAGGAUGAGAUUGAAUCAGUGACUGCGCGACUGUCGGAUGAGUUCAAUGCGACUCCAGUCUUCAUGGACGACAAAUUGGCGGAUCGUCACUACAAUGGCUUUUCCAACUCUAUUCUUUGGCCACUGCUACACUACCACCCCGGUGAAAUCGUGUUCGACGAAGCGGCGUGGGAUGCCUAUCGUGAGGCGAACCGGCUCUUCGCUCGGACCAUCGCGCGCGAGGCUCGCGACGGGGACUUGGUUUGGGUCCACGACUACCACCUCAUGCUCCUACCGGAAUAUCUCCGCGAGGAGCUUCACGAGUUGGGCAAGAAGAAUAUCCGAAUCGGAUUCUUCCUGCAUACCCCCUUCCCCAGUAGCGAGAUUUACCGCAUCCUGCCCGUGCGGAGUCAGCUCUUGCGCGGCGUGCUGCAGUGUGAUUUGAUCGGAUUCCACACCUACGACUAUGCGCGUCAUUUCUUGAGCUGUUGCUCGCAUAUCCUGGGAUUGGUCACCACUCCGAGCAGCGUGGAAUUCAAGGACAGGUCGGUCGCUGUCGGGGCAUUCCCCAUUGGCAUUGAUCCCGAAAAAUUUACCGAGGGUCUCAAAAGUCCCAAGGUGCAAAACCGGAUCGCCAGCUUGGAAAGCAAGUUUGAGGGUACCAAGCUGAUGGUCAGUGUCGACCGCCUGGACUAUAUCAAAGGUAUCCCCCAGAAGCUGCAUGCCUUGGAGGUCUUCCUGUCCCAGCACCCGGAAUGGGUGGGCAAGGUCGUUCUGGUGCAGGUCGCCGUCCCGAGUCGUCAGGAUGUCGAAGAAUAUCAGAACCUGCGGGCGGUGGUUAACGAGCUAGUCGGAAGAAUCAACGGCAAAUUCGGAACGGUGGAUUACAUGCCCAUCCACUUCAUGCACAAGUCGGUGAGUUUUGACGAACUCAUCGCGCUGUACGCCGCCUCGGACGCGUGUGUGGUGUCGUCGACCCGCGACGGAAUGAAUCUCGUUUCGUUCGAGUAUGUCGCGACCCAGCAGAAGCGCAAGGGCGUGUUGAUUCUGUCCGAGUUCGCGGGUGCCGCGCAAAGUCUUAACGGAAGUAUCGUCGUCAACCCGUGGAACACGGAGGAGCUGGCCAACGCAUACCACGAAGCGGUCUCAAUGACCGACGAUCUGCGUGCGCAGAAGUUUGAGAAGCUCUACAAGUACAUUACCAAGUACACGAGUGCAUUCUGGGGCAAGUCUUUCGUCGCCGAAUUGUCCAAGCUCUCGGCUGCAAACCCGGAUGCUUGA